AUGAAUGCGUCGGACUUGUCGAUUAUAGGAUGUCGCGUCAGUAUAAUAUCUAAGGCUAAGAUAAGAUAUGAGGGAAACCUUCACUCCAUAGAUUUUGACACGCCCAAUGAACCGGUUAUUACUCUUUCAAAAGUUUGGUCUUUCGGCACUGAGGACCGCCCUUGUGAGCGACCAGUUGCUCCGCGGAAUGAAGAGUAUAAUCAGGUGGUGUUUCGUGGACGGGAUCUAGACGAUGUGCGUGUCGUGCAGUCUUCUGUAUUUUUAAACGAAGACUCAGCAAUUGUUAGUGCCGCACCUGGGUCUGCUUUGUCCCACCCUCCUGGACUCCCAGUUAAUGAAAGUAGAGGUCGCUUGGAUCUUAAUCCUAGUCGUGUUACGACUGGAUGCUCUGAAUUGUCUCCCAUACCAUCAUCUCAGUCUGUUUCACUUGAUAAUCUAAAUCAGAAUAACUACCCGAACAAUUCAUACCAGAUGCAUGCAGUCGGUUGUCGACCAGCUCCUAUAGGGACCGUUCAUGCUGAUACCCCCCAGGUUUCUGAUACUCAUGGCCCAAGGCCAUUUGGAGAUAUGCGUAGCGACAUAGAUCCAGGGAUUUUCAGCACAUCUGGAAGAGGUACAAGUUCUAGAGAUAUUCAAGAGUCUGGACUAGGUCCUACUAGACAUCGUGCUGUCCUAGGAUCUGGUGUGAAUAACGACUACCCACAACCAUGGGUUAACCGAGAUCAAGGGGUUAGAAAAGGUGACACUCACAAAAAUACACCCAAUUAUUAUCAGGGGCAUGAUUACUCAAGGGAUAGACGCGGAGGAUAUAGUCAACAAUGGUCAACAACCCAUCGUGGCUCCAGGGGUUCUGGGCAUACUUACGGUGGUUGGGGUGGGCGGUCAACAGGUGGUCAUGAUUGGUCUAAAUUCAGGUCGAAUGCAUCUACAGUAAAUGAGCACACCAACUUUUCGGUGGAAUAUGACUAUGAAAGAGCUAACGCAGAACUUGCAGCUGAGUUGGAAAAAAUAACCAUCAGUACUAAAACAGGCUCGUCAGGUGCUUCCGUCGACAACGCGGAGAAUGAUGGAAGCAGCACAACCGAGGAUGAAAACACGUGCUAUGAUAAGUCCAAGUCGUUUUUCGAUACAAUUAGUUCCGAGAUGAUGGACCGCGCAAAUGGCCUAAAUCCUCAAGGAAUGAACAGACGGGACGAAAGACUCCUCAAUUCAGCAACUUUUGGUACUGUUCCACAGCAGUAUCCUAGAAGGACAGGAUAUCACAAUCAACGUUCUUUUGGAUAUGGCCAAAAGAGAGGGGGCAAUUCUUCUAGUGGUAACUUCUGGCGAUCUAGUGGUACUGGAACCAAUAAGUCCCUAUUCUUCAAUUCAUCACGCGCACCUCUUCCAACAUCUGGACGAGCUGGUUGA